AUGCAGCGCUAUAUCCCACCGGAGCUAGGAAAGCUUUCAGGGCUAGUGCAGCUCCACCUUGGUUUCAACGAGAUAAGCGCAUUAGGAUGA